UUCUUGUUCUUGUAAAUUCAUUUCUAACCUCACUUUUUGACUGCUCAUUUAGACGUGUAAUUGUGACAAAUCCAAUUUUCUUUCUUUUAAAUAUUGUGCAUUUGAGAGAAAAAUGCCUGAAAGUACCAAACCAGAAGAAAAGCAAAAGAAAGAAGUUAAAAAUGAAAAAGAAGAUGAAAAAACCGACUUGUCGGAGGAGGAUAAAUUAUUGCAGGAAGAAUUAGGAAAUUUAGUCGAACGUCUUCAAGAUGCAAACACAAGAUUACACUAUCCAGCACUUGAGUCACUGCAAAAUCAAAUUCGUGCCUCGACCACAUCGAUGACAAGUGUACCGAAACCCUUGAAAUUCAUGAGACCACAUUACGAUACAAUGAAAGCAAUUUACGAAAGUAUUUCUGAUCCAAAAGCAAAAGAAUUAUGCUCGGACAUUAUUUCGGUUCUUGCAAUGACAAUGGGCGAGGGCAGAGAAUGUCUAAAGUACAGAUUAUUUGGAUCGACUCAAUCAAUUAGUGAAUGGGGACACGAGUAUGUUCGACAUUUAUCUGGAGAAUUAGCCGGCGAAUGGGAUGAAUUGACUGGCGAGAAUAAAGAAGAUGUGAGCAAAAAAUUAAUUGCUCUUGUACAUGAAAUUGUCCCCUACAAUAUGGCUCAUAAUGCAGAGACCGAGGCUUGCGAUUUAUUAAUGGAAAUUGAGAAAUUAGAUUUUCUCGAGCAAUACGUCGAUGAGAGUGCCUAUCAAAGAGUAUGUCUCUAUCUCACCAGUUGCGUACCUUAUGUGGCCGAUCCUGAAAAUAGUACUCUUCUCCAUGCAGCCGCUAAACUUUACAGAAAAUUUGGACAGUAUCCUCAAGCUGUUAGAUUGGCGAUGCAACUUAAUGAUUUGCCGUUAAUUGAGGAGAUUUUUACAACUUGCAAGGAUUUAUCGAUACAAAAACAAUUGGCAUUUAUGCUCGGUCGUCAGCAGAUUUUCCUGAACCUCCCGGAAUCGACAAUUGAAUACGACGAUCUUGUGGAAAUUAUGUCAAAUUCGCAUCUGAACAAUCAUUUCUUGAAUCUCGCGCGAGAAUUGGAUAUAAUGGAGCCGAAGACACCGGAAGAUGUUUAUAAAUCGCACUUGGAGAAUUCUAGACCUCCAUUCGGUGGUGGACAAGUAGACUCGGCGAGGCAGAAUUUGGCCGCUAGUUUCGUAAAUGGAUUUGUGAAUGCAGCGUUCGGUCAAGAUAAACUUCUAGUCGAGGAUGGAAAUAAAUGGUUGUAUAAGAACAAGGAACACGGUAUGCUGAGUGCAACGGCAUCGCUUGGUUUGGUGCUUCUGUGGGACGUUGACGGCGGUUUGACUCCCAUUGAUAAGUAUCUCUACUCCUCGGAAGAUUACAUCAAAUCCGGAGCUCUCUUGGCUUGUGGAAUUGUUAAUUGCGGCGUUAGGAACGAAUGCGAUCCUGCUUUGGCUCUUCUGUCGGAUUAUGUACUUCACAAUAGUAAUACCAUGAGAAUCGGAGCCAUUGUCGGUUUGGGUCUUGCCUACGCUGGAUCGAAUCGAGAAGCGGUGUUGAAUUUGCUUACACCCGUUUUAAGUGAUCCAAAAUCGAGUUGGGAAGUCGUUGGCGUUGCUGGACUUGCCCUCGGAAUGGUUGCUGUUGGAUCUUGCAAUGCUUAUGUCACCACGUCUAUAAUGCACACUCUGAUGGAAAAAAGUGAAACGGACCUUAAAGAUACUUACGCGAGAUUUUUACCCUUGGGCUUAGGUUUGUGCUUUUUGGGUAAACAAGAGGCGGCAGAGGCGAUAAUCGCAGCCCUGGAGGUCGUGCCCGAACCGUUCAAAUCCAUGUCAACGACACUUGUAGAAGUUUGUGCGUACGCUGGCACAGGGAAUGUUUUGAAAAUUCAACACUUAUUGCACAUUUGUUCGGAGCAUUAUGAACCGGUGAAUGAAAAGGAGGAGAAGAGCGAUCGCAAGGACAAGGAGAAAAAAGAGGAGAAGAAGGAGGAGAAGGAAAAGGAUUUAAGUUCUCGUCAAGCAAUUGCUGUACUUGGAAUUGCAUUGAUUGCAAUGGGAGAGGAAAUUGGUUCAGAAAUGGCGUACAGAACAUUUGGACAUCUUUUGCGAUAUUGUGAACCUGUAAUUCGACGAUCCGUACCAUUGGCACUUGGUCUCAUAUCCGUAUCGAAUCCAAAAUUGAAUAUUCUAGAUACAUUGUCUAAAUUCUCACACGACAGUGAUCCGGAAGUGGCUCACAAUGCAAUUUUCGCGAUGGGACUUGUUGGAGCUGGCACGAAUAAUGCAAGAUUGGCUGCAAUGUUGAGACAACUCGCACAAUUUCACGCUAAGGAUCCUAAUAAUCUGUUUAUGGUGCGCAUCGCUCAAGGUCUUACUCAUCUUGGAAAGGGAACUCUCACCUUGUCACCGUAUCAUAGUGAUAGGCAAUUAUUGAGUCCUGUCGCUUUGGCUGGAUUACUGGCGACCUUGAUCGGAUUUCUUGAUGUUAAAAAUAUUAUUCUUGGAAGAUCACAUUAUCUUUUAUACACGCUGGCAGCAGCGAUGCAACCAAGAAUGCUCGUGACAUUCGACGAGGAAGUUAAUCCCCUCGCCGUUCCAGUGCGAGUUGGUCUUGCCGUUGAUGUCGUCGGUCAAGCUGGAAAGCCAAAGACCAUCACUGGCUUCCAGACACACACAACUCCUGUUCUUUUGGCAUACGGCGAGAGAGCUGAAUUAGCAACUGAAGAAUAUAUUCCAUUAACGCCAAUAAUGGAAGGAUUUGUCAUUCUAAGAAAAAAUCCCGACUUCGUCCCUUAGGUUGUACAUUAACAUAAUUUAACGCGUUUUUAUGUAUCUCGUAUUUCAUUAAUAAUAAAAUUACUCUCUUUACUCUAAACAAUAGACACUAAAAUGUCUAUUUUAUAGACAAAAAAAUAUGUCUAUUGUAUCAGAGAAAAGAAAGAUUAAAAAUUAA